AUGACUCCCAGCCCUAUGAUGAUGGAUGACCUUGACUGGGAAGACCCCGCUGUACCCAUCACCAUAAUCAUCGAUUCCUCGAUUGACCUGUUCGGCAAUAAUAAUACCGUGAUUCUGCCAUCGCGAGCUGCUUCUACAACAAGCACCACGCCCAGCCCGAGCGCAGACUCAGAGGACUCAGGGUCAUCUACACCGUCAACCUCGCAGCGGAUUCGUGCUGCUAAAGUUGGCAGCAUGGCUGCCGUCAUCAUCACCGCGCUGAAGCAAGCCGGUGGACUGACAGAUGACCUAGGGCGCAGUCGCCCAAUCCAUAUUAGCAUCAAUUCGGGCAUCAAGAUCGAUGGCAAAAGCAACACCGUCUGCAACGUACACACGCAACCCCUUACAUACUCGUCCUCCGUUGCAGUUGGCGAGAAGCGGCGUGCGGUGUCCGUAUGA